UGGCUGCGGGAUAUUUUCCAGCGCCGAGGGGACCCCUGAGCCCGGCCGGGAGAACUCCAUGAAGCAGGACGGGGCAGAGGUUCCCCCCAGCACAGCCGACCACUAAUUCCCAGAACAGCCCCACAGCAUCUCCCUGCACUGCCUGGGCCGGGCUCUGAGGACUGGGAGCACCGAGGAUGGGAAGACCCAGGGCUUUCCCCCAUAACCACUGUCUGCUCGUGCUGCUCCUCGCCGAGCUGAGCCUCGCCCAGUACGAGCACUGGCCCUACCUCCCUGGCUACCCUGACCCCCCUCCCCAGGAGUACCAGCCCCCCCAGAGACCGGCUGACGUGCCCAAAAUCCAGCUGAGGCUGGCGGGGCAGAAGAGGAAGCACAACGAGGGCAGGGUGGAGGUGUUCUACGGCGGCGAGUGGGGCACCGUCUGCGACGACGACUUCUCCAUCCACGCCGCCCACGUGGUCUGCAGGGAGCUGGGCUACGUGGAGGCCGUGUCCUGGCUGCCCAGCUCCAAGUAUGGCAAAGGAGAAGGGAAAAUUUGGCUGGACAAUGUCCACUGUACCGGCAAGGAGAGCACCCUGGCAGCCUGUACCUCCAAUGGCUGGGGAGUGAGUGACUGCAAACACACCGAGGACGUGGGAGUGGUCUGCAGUGAAAAGAGAAUCCCCGGCUUCAAGUUUGACAACUCAUUGAUUAAUCAAAUAGAGAACAUGAACAUCCAGGUGGAGGACAUCAGGAUCAGGGCCAUCCUGGCCACCUACCGCAAGCGGGUCCCUGUCACCGAGGGCUACGUGGAGGUGAAGGACGAGGGCACCUGGAAGCAGAUCUGUGACAAACACUGGACCAUGAAGAACUCCCGGGUCGUCUGCGGCAUGUUCGGGUUCCCCAGCGAGAGGAAAUACAACACCAACGUGUACAA